UUAGAGAGAGAAUGGAAGAAAUGGCUUCUUUGUGGUGCUAUCAAGAGAGCGUUGAUGAGUUGAAACAGAGAUUACUCUGUUCAAGCUUGGAACUUGAAUCAGUGAAAAUGGAGGCAAAUGAGGAGCUGAGGAAAAGCAAAGAGAAAAUGACACAUCUAAUACAAGCCCUAAACCUAGCGUAUAAGGAAAGAGAUGAAGCCAAAACCCAAUACCGGAAUCUUCUAAACAAGCUGAUCAUCAGUAACACUAAUAACUCAACCAUAACAGACUCAUCAAACAACAGUCCAUCUGAAACUCUCAACAAUUACCCUGUUUCUGUUUCCUCCUCCCCAGACCUGAUCUCCGCCGUUCACAUUCCUGAUUCCUCAACUAUUCAUCAUCAUCUCUCAAUACCCAGUUCACCGAUUGACCCGGAUUGUUUAAGAAUCGAGAGUAUAGUAGAGGGAAAGGUUUUGCCUCAAAAGGGGAAGCUAUUGAAGGCGGUUUUGGAGGCGGGUCCUUUGCUGCAGACGUUGCUUGUGGCUGGUCCGUUGCCGCAAUGGAGAAAUCCGCCUCCCGUGCAGCAGACAUUUGUGGUGCCUACAGUUGGGUUUGAGAAGGGGGGAUCAGUAGUAAGAUCGUUUGUUGAAAUGUCAUGUGGCGGUGCAUCAUCGUCAAGCCAAAUAUUAUUGUCGGCAUCAAAGUCAACUAUGAAUUUUGGGGAUGGAGGAGGUUCUUCUAGUAGGUCUUGUUUGGUUGGUGGGAAAUUGGUGGGUGCUGGUGAGAACAACCUUAAUAUUAACGACUAUGGCCAAAUGGGAGUGAAGAGACAGAGGAUCUGGUGAUGAUCCAUAGAGUGAAAGAAAUAUGUAUGAUUUUAUUGUUUGUUUCUUCUAUUUAUUAUGGAAGUCAAAUUAACAUGUUCGAUCCAAAAGGGUGCAU